AUGAGACAGGCAGAGGAAGUGGAAUAUGAACUGCUUCCUUCAGACCAUGACGCUCAAAAGACAUGGGAGGCACGAGAACGAGCGGUGUUUCCGGCGCGGUUGGACUCCCACUGUCUAGUUGGGAUACUCCUUAUUUCUGUAUUGAUUAACGUGGCCCUGGUGCUUGGUUGGACAUCAAGUCGAGAUGAAUUGUUUGCGUCUAAGCAACCUGUCUGGGCCAGUUCCAGAUACCAACGGGAAGAAGUGAAACUUGGAUUCACAGUAGAAAACGCAAUGUGGUGGAACACCAACUACAGCGGGCCAAACGAGAGCGAAGUCAGUGGUCUUUGGCAUAAUGAGAUCCCAUGGGAAAGUGGGAUCAUCGCAAUCGACAAACAACAGGCCAAUAUGUUGGGAUUGCCUGAGUCGCAGUCUUUCCCAUGGGACGUGACGAAAGGGAUCUAUAUACUGAAUGCGCAUCAUAUCCUCCAUUGCAUUCAUCCGGGUGGAGACUAUGUGCGCGGCCGAUGA